AUGAUAUUAUUGUCCUUUGAAAUUUUUUGUUUUACUUAUGGUAUUCAGGAGUUAAACAAUGGUUCACCAUUACCAGAUGUAAUACGAACAUAUAUAGUUCAACUAACACACAAUGGCGUGCUUCCAUCUGAUAUAAGUCGUUGUUUACACGUAUCAAAUCGCUGUGUAUCAGAAAUUUUAGCACGCUCUAUUGAAGGUUUAAAAUCUCGUGUAGUUGAAACUGAUGUCAUAGAAACAAUAGCUCAAUAUAAACAUGAAACACCAUCUAUAUUUGCCUGGAAAAUUCGUAACCGUCUUUUAGAAGAAAAUAUUUGUAAUUCAGAAAACAUGCCAAGCUUAUCAUCAAUAAAUCAAGUCUUAACAUAUCUUGAGUCUAAAUCAAUAGAUACAGAAACAACAUCAAAUACUAAUUCAACACCUGAAGAUCCGAAUUCAGAAUAUGAGCAACAAAUCAAUAAUAAAAAUCAUCAAGAUUUAGGAGAUGACAAAUAUUAUAUAUAA